AUGGGUGAAUGGGAUGAUCGUAAACGACCUGACCUUCUUCUCUUGUUUGACGUUGAUGGAACUCUGACUCCUGCUAGGAGGUCGAUAACUCCGGAAAUGUUAGAAUUACUUAAAACGGUGAGAAAGGAAGCUGUAAUCGGCUUUGUUGGCGGCUCUGAUCUUGUAAAACAGCAAGAACAACUUGGUCCUACUAUACUUGAAGAUUUUGAUUUUGCUUUUUCGGAAAAUGGGCUUAUGGCAUACAAGAAAGGAGAACUAAUUGCAUCACAGAGUUUUAUUGGAUGGAUCGGUGAAGAAAAAUAUAAGAAAUUAGUCAAUUUUAUUCUUAGAUAUAUAGCAGAUCUUGAUCUUCCGAUUAAACGUGGGACAUUUAUCGAAUUUAGAAAAGGUAUGAUUAACGUAUCACCAGUUGGACGUAAUUGCACCGUCGAAGAAAGAAACGAUUAUGAAAAAUAUGAUAAGCUUCAUAGUAUUCGACCUAAACUCGUAGAAGCAUUGAAAAAGGAAUUUCAUGAUUAUUCGCUCACUUUUUCAAUUGGCGGGCAAAUAUCGAUUGACAUAUUUCCGACAGGCUGGGAUAAAACAUAUUGUAUGCAAUAUGUUAAAGAGUUUAAAGAAAUUCACUUUUUUGGUGACAAGACAUAUAAGGGUGGUAAUGAUUAUGAAAUUUAUAAUUUGGAAUCGAUUAAAGGACAUGCUGUUAAUAGUCCUGAUGAUACAAUGAAAGAAGUUAAAGCAUUGUUUCCUCACCUUUUUAAAACAUCAUAA